AUGACUACCACCACCACGGCCGCCCCUUCCGACUCCUUUAAAUUCCCUCGAGAAUACCACUUCCCAGCUUUCUUCACCCGCCAAACAAACCUCACCACGCUACACGCUCAGCACAACAAGUGGGCCGACCUCAUCCUCGCAUACGCCCGCCAUAACCGUAUUUUCCGACUCUCCCUCUCCGAAGCUGCCGACUCGGAUCUGUUUGUCAAUCGCAAGCUCGAUCGCCGUUUGCAGUUCGAUGAUAUUCGGGAUGUCGUGUCCUUCAUGCACACCGAUGGACGUGUAGAGUACGUUGGAGGCGGUACGUCGGGCGACGUCGUCUUUCUGUACUGGAGAAAGCCCGAGGAGUGGGCUGAGCUUGUGGAGAACUAUGUUGAAGAGUCUGGACAAAAGGGCAGCGUUCUUACAGUCUACGAGCUUGUUGAAGGAGAUGGCACAAAAGGAAAUGAUAUUCACGGCAUGGACACGGAUGUCCUACUAAAAGCUCUCAAUGUCCUUGUAAAACGAAACAAGGCCCAAAUAUUUGGCCAGGACGACUCAUUAGGCGUGAAAUUCUUUUAA